AUGGCAGGGCCCGACAGAGCUGCCUCGGGCGCUGCCCACCCUCCUCGGACAAAAGCACGUCCUCCACCCCCGCCCUUCUACCUACCCUUAAACGCCACCCUCUAUCUGUGUCUCGUCUCCAACGGCCUCGCAGCUCUAUUUUCUCCCAUUCAAGACUGUGACGAAGUAUUUAACUUUUGGGAACCUGCACAUUAUCUUGGUCAUGGGUAUGGACUCCAAACAUGGGAGUACUCGCCGGUAUACUCGAUCCGAAGCUGGCUCUACGUGUCGCUUCACGUUGUGGUGGGAAAACUAGCAUCCUGGGUGGUCCGCAGCAAGGUGGUUGAAUUCUACACUAUCCGAAUUUUCCUUGCCUUUUUCUGCGCAGCCUGCCAGACGAGACUAUACUCUUCUAUCUGCCGAUCCCUCAAUCCCCGCAUCGGCCUCCUGUUCCUCUUGGUCGCCUUGUUCAGCCCAGGCAUGUUCCAUGCGUCAGCCGCUUUCCUGCCAUCAACAUUCACUAUGUACACGUCUAUGCUUGGCCUGGCUGCCUUCUUAGACCUGAGAGGCGGGCCGAAGAUUGCACAAGGGAUCAUGUGGUUUGGUCUCGGAUCAAUUGUUGGCUGGCCGUUCGCCGGUGCCCUGAUUGUGCCUCUCCUGUUCGAGGAAGUCAUUAUUAGCAUCUGUUCUCGGAGCUUAGGCCCUCUCUUUUACGCCAUAUUGGAUGGUGGGCUCCGGUGCCUCGGUAUCUUGGCCCUCGAAGUGGCGGUUGACUACGCUUUCUUCCAUAAGAUCGUCCUUGUGCCUUGGAAUAUUGUCGCGUACAACAUUUUCGGUGGCCAAGGAAGAGGCCCCGAGAUCUUCGGUACUGAACCCUGGACUUUCUACAUUCGAAAUCUCCUCCUAAACUUCAACGUCUGGUUUAUUUUCGCAAUGCUGUCUGCUCCGCUCCUCCUACUUCAAGCCAUCUUCCGCUCCCAGGGCACCUCUUUCCAGACGCUCAUGCGCUCUAUCACAUUGACUGCGCCUUUUUACAUGUGGUUCGGGAUCUUCACGAUCCAACCUCACAAAGAGGAACGGUUCAUGUAUCCGGCAUACCCGUUCCUUGCCCUGAAUGCUGCCCUUGCAUGCCACUUGAUCCUCACAUACAUGGGAUCGAGUAAUCCUAAGAGAAUCAUGGGCCGUCUACCCGCGAAGCUGAAGCUCAUCGCCGUGAUGUCGGUCAUCAUGGUGGCCGUCAAUGCCGGUAUGCUACGCAUCCUGGGAAUGAUUACAGCAUAUAACGCGCCAUUAAAGGUUUUGGAACCACUUCAGCAAGCGGGUAUCUCACACACCGGAGCUUCUGUGUGUUUCGGCAAGGAGUGGUACCGCUUUCCUUCGUCGUAUUUCCUCCCGCACCAGAUGCGGGCCAAGUUCAUUCGAAGCGAGUUCAAGGGUCUGCUACCGGGCGAGUUUCCUGACGCGCCAAGUGCGUAUUACCGUAUGGCAGGCGCGUCGCAGAUCCCCUCCGGCAUGAAUGACCUGAAUAUUGAGGACACAAGCAAAUACGUUGAUGUUUCUCUGUGCUCAUUCUUGGUCGACUCCUCUUUCCCUGGCCGCGAGGCGACUGAACUAGAACCUCACUACGUGCAGGACGAGUCCCAGUGGGAGUCCCUCUCCUGCGAAAAGUUCCUGGAUGCAUCCCAGACAGGCUUGUUGGGACGACUGAUCUGGGUUCCAGAUCUCCCAUUUGUCCCGGAGCAGUUCCGGCGCAAGUAUGGCCAAUACUGCCUUCUGCAGCGUCGUAUGGACGGCAACAGUAUAGAGUAA